AGCUGAGCAUCAGCGGUAGUAUAUCACAUCACCACCAAAGCAGCAAUGCCUCCCACAUGAACUAGUGAAUAAUUCACAUUAUCGUUGCCAUCCCAUCACGCGUCUCUUCUUAGCUAGGCCAGUACGUGGGCGAUGGCCACCAGCGCUAAUUCCAAAUGGUCGCCAUUAGUAUGCUGUGUUGUUCUCGUUACCAUCUGCCAGAUGCUGGCGGUCGGCUCUUCUUCAGAACUGAUGCCGCCGACGACCGAUGAUGAGAUGAUCCACAGCGAUUACUCGGGACGUGACAAACACAAUGAUCUUCUGAUGAUGGGCCGAUUCCAGGGGUGGAUGGCGGCGCAAGGCCGGUCCUACUGGACCGCCGAGGAGACGGCUCGGCGGUUCGAGGUAUACAAGAGCAACGUGAGGUACAUAGAGGCCGUGAACGCCGAGGCUGCCACCACCGGGCUCACCUUUGAGCUCGGGGAAGGUCCCUUCACGGACCUUACACAUGAAGAGUUCUCGGCGCUUUACAACGGUUCGAUGCCGCCGCCCGAGGAAGAAGAAGGUGAUGAUAUACAGGAGGAAGACGAGCAGGUCAUCGCCACGGUUGUCGAUGGUGUGGAUGUCAAUGUUGCCGUGCACACCAAUCUGUCGGCGGGCGGGCCGAGGCCGUGGCCGCCACGGAGCAGGGACUGGAGGAAGCAUGGCGCCGUCACGCCGAUUAAAGACCAAGGGCGUUGCGGAUCUUGCUGGGCAUUCCCCACAGUGGCUACAAUCGAAGGAAAACACAAGAUCGUGAGAGGGAACCUGGUGUCACUAUCAGAACAGCAGCUGAUAGACUGCGACUACACCAACUCCGGCUGCAAAGGAGGCUUCGUCAUCAGAGCUUACCGUUGGAUCAGGAAGAUCGGAGGGCUCACCACCAGCUCCGCCUACCCAUACAAAGGAGCCAGAGGCAAGUGCAUGAAGAGGCGAAGGGCGGCGGCGAGGAUCGCCGGCUGGAGGAGCGUCAGGAGCAGGAGCGAGGUGGCGCUGGUGAACGCCGUGGCCGGCCAACCUGUGGCCGUCUACAUCUCAGCCAGUGGCAAAAACUUCCAGCACUACAAGAAAGGCAUCCUGAACGGCCCAUGUGACACUGCUCGUCUGAACCAUGCCGUGACCGUCGUAGGCUACGGGCGGCAGGCGGACACUGGAGCCAAGUAUUGGAUCGUCAAGAACUCAUGGGGGACUACAUGGGGUCAGGAAGGGUACAUAUUGAUGAAGAGGGGGACGAGGAAUCCCCGGGGCCAAUGUGGCAUUGCGACGAGCCCAGUUUUUCCCCUGAUGAAAGUUGGAAGUUCGAUUAUGUAAGAAUAAGACGUACCCACUAUACGUACGUACGUACCCAGAUCCAUCCAGAAACUUGUAUUAUGGCCUGCGAGAGCACAUGCAUGGGUUCAUACGGACGAUGCAUAUGUAGUGCUACGUACUCUAGGUCUUAGUAUCCCCUGUGUGUUCCAAGAAUAAGGAUCUGUAUUACCUGUAGCAAUGCAAGUUAUGCAUGCAAGUCCUCUCGGUUCUGUUUUGAAAGUGGAAGUGUGAUAAUAUAUUGAUAUGCAUCUGUUUUCCUUAA